AUGGACUUCACCGACUCAGAAACACAACAACCUGAUGAUCUACCAAAUCUGGAAACAGAUUACACUAUGCCUCCUCCACUUGCCCCAGAAUGUAAAACCUUCAAAUGGAAAAUAGAAGUGAUAGAUGUCGAUGGAAACAUAGAAGGCAAAAUGAUGACAUCAAAAGAUGUCUGGAUAAUGCAAAACCACCGAGUUAUUGUGCAUUUUGAUGAAUAUACCAAUCAGCCAAUUGGUGAUUCUGGAGGUUUACUUGGAUCAUGGUUAAGUCAGUUAAGCAAUGAUAUUAUGUUGCUACCCAUCAACUACACUGAUUGGAGGUUGGUUAGUCCACACAUAAAAGACAGAGCAUGGGCAGUAAUUCAGUCCAAAUUCAGAUUUGAUGAUCCAAUGAUGAGGAAAGAUUAUGUGAUGGGUGCACUAGGUAGCAAAUGCAAGGAUGUCAAACUACGUUUUUGGAGAGAAUACAAACGUAACAAUCUGAAUGAAACGUUGCAGAAUCGACCCGAAAAAGUUCCUGAAGAUCAAUGGUCUCAUUUGGUUCACUUGAUUUUCACCGAUAAGUGGAGGAAAAUGCAAGAACGGAACACAAAGAACCAGAAAAAUCAUAUCAUGCCUCACUUAUGUGGAAGGAAGAGUUUUUCAAGAAAAAGAGACGAGAUUAAAAUCAAGACUGGGAAAACGCCAUGUCGAGCGGAGUUUUUCAUUGAGAGUCGCAAGAAACAUGAUGGAAGUUUCGUAUCAGAUGAGGCAAAAUUACGCGCGGAAGCACUUACGACGUUAUUGAAUCUAAAUCCGCAAGUCACAUACAACGGUACUGCUAGCUUGGAUGACGAAUAUAGUCAGGUGUUCGGUCCAGAGCGUCCAGGCCGAGUACGUUGUGUUGGUCGUGGGCCCACACCUUCAAGAUUAGUGAGACAUUCCAAUGCAACUAGAAGACAAGAUAUAGAAAAUUCUGAAUUAGUUGCCCAGCUGAAGACACAAGUAAAGACAUUAGGUGAUCAAGUUAAUGCAAUGUCUACGUUCCUUGGACAAAUACUUGGUAAUUCAACCGGUGAACAGGCAAGUGCGUGGACUGCAAAUUUUGCAACAGCUUUUGCAAACAUCCCAAAUCCAGCAUUUGUAAACAUUCCAAAUCUGCCUAAUCCUCAGGAAAGGGAUGGUGGUGCUAGCUAGCUAGUGGAUUAACGUUUAAGCUAGAGUUAAAAGCAAUGCUAGUUAAUUAGUAUAAUCAAAGUUUGUUUAGCAAAACUUUUUAGUUACUUUUAAUUUGCACACAAUGGAUUGAUUAUGUAGUUUGUUUUCAGUUUUUUUUUUAAUUAU